UAAUAAACCCCCAACCUCCCCACAAUCUCCACAACCCUAUCAGCAAUCAAAAAUCAAAUCUUCAGUGAUUAUUCAUCCUUCCAACAAAUUAAUCACAAAUGGCUCGCACAAAGCAAACAGCAAGGAAAUCAACCGGAGGCAAAGCCCCAAGGAAGCAGCUGGCAACAAAAGCAGCUCGCAAAUCUGCACCAGCCACCGGAGGAGUGAAGAAGCCUCACAGAUUUAGGCCAGGAACUGUUGCACUCAGAGAGAUCAGGAAGUAUCAGAAGAGCACCGAACUCUUGAUCCGCAAGCUCCCUUUCCAGAGGCUGGUUAGAGAAAUCGCUCAGGAUUUUAAAACCGAUCUGCGAUUCCAGAGCAGCGCUGUUGCAGCUCUACAGGAGGCCGCUGAGGCUUACCUAGUUGGGCUCUUUGAGGACACUAAUCUGUGCGCUAUUCAUGCCAAGAGGGUUACCAUCAUGCCCAAAGAUAUCCAGUUGGCUCGUAGAAUUAGGGGUGUGAUAACAUACGGAUAA